AUGCUUGCGGCACCGGGCCACGCCGCAGCGCAGCGCUCACCCUCACCGCUGCUGCUCCGGCAGGCGUCUGCCCGGACCUGGGCGCUUCUGCUCCUGCAGACGAAGCUGGCGGGCGAGGUGGCGAGGCACCGCCAAUGUGCCGAGGAGCUUCGCCACCUUGCGCGAGAGCAGGUGGCGCGCGAGGUGCGUAUUCAGAACCUCGAGCAGCAGCUGGCGCAGGCCGUAGCGGCAUGCCGCUAUGAUGCGCGCAGAGAGAGCCGUGAGAUUGCGCGGCGCGUCGCCCCUCUCCUCCUGGGCGACAAGGAACUGCGCCCGUUUCAGCUCGACGCGGCAUGCGCGCUCUUUGACGGGCGACAUACUUUCGUGCUCCGGAAGGCAGGCGAUGGGAAAAGCGUGUGCUAUCAGCUUCCCGCGCUCAUGCGGCCGCCCACGCCAAAGCCUGCGCCGCCCAAGCUUACCCUCGUCGUGAUGCCGCUGGUGGCUCUCGCGUGGGAGCAGGCGGACGAGCUCAAUUCGCGCAUACCCUACCUCGCCAGCGACGGUUUGCCCCGGAAGGUCGCGCACGUCCUCGACGGCGCGUCGCAGAGCCUCUUUGCCUCUUGA